CAAGUGCGAAGGCUAACACAAGAAGAAGAAGAAGAAGAAGAAGAAGAAGAAGCAAUGGAGGAAGGAAACACCGUAGAUCUCUACGUCUUACCGGAAGACUGUAUCUCCAACAUUCUAUCCCUAACAUCUCCCCGAGAUGCGUGUAGGUCGUCGGUGAUCUCUUCUGUUUUCCGAUCAGCGGCGGAUUCUGACUCUGUAUGGGAAAGAUUCUUACCCUCCAAUUACCGCCAGAUCCUGUCGUCAUCAUCGGUGUUGUCUGCGUCCCCAUCAGUUUUCUUGUCAAAGAAGGAGCUCUUUCUCCAUCUCUGUGAUAACCCCGUUCUCAUCGAUAAGGGCACUAUGAGCUUCGCGUUGGAGAAAUGCAGUGGGAGAAAAUGUUACAUGAUUGGAGCAAGAGAGCUUUCGAUUGUCUGGGGAGAUACUCCAUCGUAUUGGAACUGGCGACCCCUUCCUGAAUCCAGGUUCUCGGAGGUUGCGGAGCUCGUAAACGUGUGUUGGCUGGAAAUCCAUGGCAAGAUGGAGACACGGCUACUUUCUCCAAACACGACAUACGUAGCCUACCUGGUGCACAAGUUAACCGACUCUGCCUACGGAUUUGAGUUUUCGCCGGCCGAAGUCUCAGUCAAAUUAGCCAGUAGAGGUGGUGGUGGUGGUGGUGAAGAAAUGAAGUCAGUGUAUUUGAAUCCACUAGGGAGAAAGAGGCGGCAGCUUGGAACUGCUAGGGGCAUUGGAGUUUUCUCAAGGAGUCUCAGUUUCUUGAGGCCUCUGGAACCAGUGCAAAAGGAGGGUCAGGUACCCAAGAAGAGAGAAGAUGGGUGGAUGGAGAUAGGGAUGGGUGAGUUCUUUAACGAUAGAGGUGCGGAUGGAGAGGUAGAGAUGACUCUCAUGGAGGUUAAGGGUGGCAAUUGGAAAUCUGGCCUCAUCAUCCAAGGCAUUGAGCUCAGACCCAAAAAGAACCAAUGAAAACACAGUCACCCUUAUGGGUCUCUGUUCCUUCCACAGAUGUUAUUUUAUUUUCCCAAAUAGUGCAAAGAUGCCACAAUUUGGGUUUGGGGCCCAUGUGAAGUUCUUCAUUUUCUUGUAAGUGGUGCAGGCCAAGAAAGUCGACAACCUUUCCAUCUUAUUGUACCUCUUUUGGUAAAAUUCUUGCCAGCUUGUACUUUCUUGUUGGUAUUGGAUGUGGAUGUCAAAAGCUUUUACCAA